AUGGUUCAGAAUACCCUCCAUUACGAAGGAACUCGCCGAGGAGUACUGUUCUCAAAGCAGCAUCCACGGAAUGAGCUACAUCGGUUCACGGAGGAAAUCUCUUCUGGAACGGCUCUGGUGGAUUGCGGUAUUUGUCCUCUCGAUGUAUGGUUGAGAAUCGAUCGUUUAAUGGCCGUGCUACAGAUUUGUGACGAGUUCUUUCACGUCAAAAGCAAAUAUCUAAACAUGUAUCAUCAAGUUUCACACGAGAACAUUGUUCCAGUUUUGCAGAAAUUAUCUCCACUUGUCAAUCAAACAAUUCUCACGUGCAGAGUCAAUGGCGUGCGGUGCAACGAGUUGUUCACCGAAACGAUAACUGACGAAGGAAUUUGCUUCACCUUCAAUGGCUUCUCGUCGUACGACAUGUUCAAGGAUGGGGUUCUACAUGACGAGUACCAAUAUCUGAACGAACCGAAAAACGUCACUAACUGGAGUAUGGAUGAAGGAUACACAGUAGAGAACUCGCGUAAAGCAUAUCCCAUUCGGGCACUUGGUUCGGGGUUUGCAGCUGGCUUGACUAUGCGUUUGAUGGCAUUAGAUAGCAACAUAGAAGAACAUUGUCGCGAGCAACAAGGAUUCAAGGUUACGAUUCACGCUCCAAACGAAUACCCUCAGGUUUCGAAGAAGUUUUCCCUGGUGACUCAUUCUCACGAUGUGGCUCUGGCCGUGAGACCGAUCAUUAUGCAAACAUCCUUCGAGUUGAGAGAUUACGAUCCACAGCGGCGUAACUGCUACUUUCACUACGAGCGUCAACUGAAGUUCUUCGAAGUCUACACCCAGGCUAACUGUGAAGUAGAAUGCGUCACCAACUAUACAUUGGAAGCGUGUGGAUGCGUCAAGUUUUCUAUGCCGCGGUCACCGGGAACCCGACUGUGUCAAACUUCGGAGAUAAUCUGUGUCAUCAACGCGGAGUACAACAUGCUGAAGCGCACGCUGGAGGAGAGUGGCGGUUCGGCGUGUGAUUGUAUUCCUUCGUGUAUAUCGAUACAGUACGAUGCAGAAAUCACCCAGUCCAAGUGCGAUUUCAAGAAGACUCUGGAUCUACGGCUCGGACAUGACAAUCCAGCGAUAAAGGAAGGCCUCAAGAGUCGACAAAUAUCCAAACUGGCCAUUUACUUCAAGGAAGUGCAGUUCAUUACUUCGAAACGUAGUGAACUGUUCGGACUGACGGACUUCGUAGCGAAUUGUGGCGGAAUAUUGGGACUUUGUUUGGGAGUGAGUCUUUUUAGCUUAAUAGAACUGCUGUACUUCUGCUUGGCGCGUCCAAUGCUUCUGGUUCGUGAUUCAUUCAACAAAAAACGGAACAUCAAGGUGGUAGAGGAGGCCAACGUAAGGCGUUUCUGAGGAACUUUUCGA